CGCGGCCGGGCCGCCGCCGCCUCGCCCGCGCGCGUCGCCAGCACCAUCCGGGGGUACCUCUCCAACAAGGUCGGCUCGCUGCAGCUCAGAGACUCAGGUUCCGAAGUCCCGGUCGGGGGUCGCGCCGAGUAAAUGAACAAUAAGAGAGACACGAAUACUAUACACACCAAGGAGGAAAGAGACGGGGAGUGCCUCCGAACAUGAGCACAGGAUCUUUAAAGUUAAGGUACCAGUGAUAUUGUUGAACUAAUACAAGAUGGCGGAGGGGCCGCAGUCAAUAUGGCAGAAGAUCGACGGCGCCACGAUCCCCAUGAUCAACCUGGAGGUGCGCGAGGUGCGCGAGAUACUGUGGGAGAAGAUCAAGGAGCCGACGUCGCAGCGCAAGAUCAUCCUCGUGAUCGUGUCCAUCGCGCUGCUGCUCGACAACAUGCUGUACAUGGUGAUCGUGCCCAUCAUCCCCGACUACCUGCGCUACAUCGGCGCUUGGGGCGAAGCCGGCUACGACCACGUGGUCACGCUCGCGCCCAUCCGGGAGGGCAACCGGACCAUCAUCCCUACAAAGAUCAUACCGGCGUCUCACGAGGGACAGGACUCCGCCACCGGCGUCCUGUUCGCCUCUAAAGCUAUAGUACAACUCAUGAUCAACCCCUUCUCCGGUGCCUUAAUCGACCGUAUCGGGUACGAUGUACCCAUGAUGAUCGGACUUAUAAUAAUGUUCCUGUCCACCUCCAUAUUCGCUUGCGGCCGCAGUUACAGCAUGUUGUUCUUCGCUCGGAGUCUGCAGGGCGUGGGGUCCGCGUUCGCCGAUACCGCCGGGUUGGCAAUGAUUGCUGAUCGCUUCACGGAGGAGAAUGAACGGUCCAAAGCUCUCGGCAUUGCGCUCGCGUUCAUCAGCUUCGGUUGCCUCGUCGCACCACCAUUUGGAGGCGCUUUAUACCAGUUCGCCGGCAAGGAGGUACCGUUUUUGAUCCUCGCUUUGAUAUCACUAAUGGACGGUUUCAUGUUACUACUCGUAAUGAAGCCAUUGAAAACGCAAAUAAAGGAAGCAAACCAACCGAAGCCAGUUGGAACGCCAAUCUGGAAGCUGUUGAUGGAUCCUUACAUCGCCGUAUGCGCUGGAGCGCUUAUGAUGUCAAACGUUGCGUUAGCGUUCCUUGAACCGACAAUCUCGUUCUGGAUGGAGGACAAUCUCACCAAGGAUAACUGGAAGAUAGGCAUGAUAUGGCUACCCGCGUUCUUCCCGCACGUUCUGGGAGUUAUAAUUACCGUAAAAAUGGCGAAAAAGUACCCGCAGCAGCAGUGGCUGAUGGCGGCCGGUGGGCUGGCAUUGGAGGGACUGUGUUGCUUUAUCAUUCCCUUCGCGAACUCGUACAAGAUGUUGAUGAUCCCAAUCUGCGGCAUCUGCUUCGGUAUCGCGCUUAUCGACACGGCGCUGCUGCCCAUGCUCGGCUACCUGGUGGACGUGCGCUACGUGUCGGUGUACGGUAGCAUCUACGCCAUCGCAGACAUUUCGUACUCGUUCGCGUACGCUGUCGGCCCCAUCAUCGCCGGCGAGGUCGUCGAGGCGAUUGGCUUCACGGCUCUCAAUCUGUUUAUCGCGUUCGCCAACCUGCUGUACGCGCCGGUCCUCAUGUACUUAAGGCACAUUUACGACUUCAAGCCCUUCGAGAACGAAGCGAACAUCUUGAUGGGCGACCCGCCCAACAAGGAGUAUCAGACGUACAGCUUGCAGGACCAGCGGCCUGUAGACGGCGAGUACAAGAACCACCUGGAGUACUCUAACGUGUCCGGGACGACGGGCGUGCAGGAGACGAGUGUCGACGCGGGGGGGUACUCUUACGACCAGUCGUAUCAGGGCGGGUACCAGAACUACGAUCAGGGUCAGGGCUACCAGCAGCAGCAGCAGGGUUACCAGCAGGACUAUCAGCAGCAGGAGGGCGGUUAUGCGCAGCCGCGGCAGCUGCCCGCGCAGCCCGCAGCCAACCCGUUCCGCGCGGCCGCUGCCAGCGCCGCACCUGCGCCCGCGCCUGCGCCCUCGCCGGCCCCCGGGCCCACCAUCAAGAAUCCCUUCCGGCAAGGCUUCUAGAGCUCUUCAGUGUUGUUGUCUUUUGAAUUUACUUGUUGUGUAAUUAUAAAUGUCUUAUAUUUGACUUCGAUCACUGACCGCGCGUGAUCUGCGGGUUGUUUAGUGUGACUAGAUGUCUAUAACUAGCUGUGCUUGUAAUAUAACUAUAUCGUAGUCCUCUUGCGGGUGACUGCAGGGAGACGUCUUUAGACCAGUCUAUAGAAUCUUAGGAAGAUACAUUUCGUAUCAUUGAGCGAUGUAACUCUAGUUCACUCAACUGUUCUAAGGUCGCACCUCUGCUAGCAGCCGCGCUGUUUUUCUUGUUGAAUCUUGUAUUGUUCGGAUAUAACUACAACUGUUGAUUAUGCCUUCUCAUAGUAUAUAGACGCAUUUAAUCAAACUGUAAGAACCAAUAUCGGUAAGACCAGAGAUUUUUUGCGUGUAGAAUAAUCAUGUAUAAUGGGAAAAUAUGGUUAUUUUAAAUCUAUUUCUAGAUAAAUUGACUCAUGUACAAUCAAGUAUAUUACGAAUAUUUCCCCUUUAUAUACCCGUAGCUGUGGAAGAGUUUCUUAAGGUAGAUAUUUUUUAUCGAUAAAGCUAUAUAAUAAUUAUUAAGAUACCUAAAUUCGGCACGUUUUGUAGGUGUAUCACUAAUGACGUACGCACCUCUAAGGGCCUAAGAUGUUAUAUAUAUUGAAUCUCUUGGCACUUACAUCCAUGUUUACCAAAGUCGUCGUUUAGUCUCACAACAUUUAAAAGUAAUUGGAAUUAUAAAGAAUGUGGCUUAAAUUCGACGUAAGGAAUAUUUACAUAAUUGAAUUUGGUAUUGAUGCUAAAAUAUAAAGUCGCAUAACCAUUAGAUUGUAUUAAAUUAAAAACAUUUAAGCGAUGGAGGAACAAGAAUUAUUUGAUCAUUAUUUGUUAAAAGAUCGCAAUUGAAUUCCUCUCAAUUAUCAAAAAUAUCAAACAAAUGGCUGAAGUACUUAAACAAAACGUAAUAUUUUAAUAUUUGUUUUCGUAACAAACAAUUUAGUAUUUUUGUAUAUAUUAAGAAUAUCAUCACAGUUUUCACUACAAUUAUCGCCUUCAGACUGUGAAUAUAUUAUCUUUGAUGUGGUGUUGGAUCUAUCGGUCCUUGCCUUGUUAAUGGAAACGCGGCCUGUGGCGCGGUGUAUACAAACAUAUAGCGAUAUAUAGGAGUGUUCACGGAGCAUUAUCACGCGAAUUUGAUAUACAACCUUGUCACGUGCCGCCUCCGUAAACAAGCACGUACAUUAUAGCAGCUAUACUUAAUUAUAAGAUAUCAUUCAGGAGUAAGAUUUCCUUCCUAUGCUAAAUCAGCAAUAUUAGGGUUACUUCAUUCGCUAUAUCAUCAACUUAUAUCAAUUAUUAUAUCAAUUAGGUAAGGACACAACUUGUGAUAAAGUUGCAACCAAGGUAACGAAACAUAUCAGAGUCUUUUGAUUCACGUAGGCUAAGAUUAUUGUAUUGUAAUGUUCUCUAAGUGUAGUGUGUUAGGGAAUGUUUUGACUAUUAUUGUGUAAGUUAUUGUAAGUUCUUUAGCGGUAUGUGCCAUCUGAAAUCAAUGCGUGUCGUUUGUGGUGGAAAACAAAUUACAAUUUACUUAUAAAAAGUGAAGAUUUUCAUAUAUUUUAUAAAAUGUAAUAUCUGAAUUACGAAAUUUAGACGUCCCUUUUUGAGUAAUUUGUGACUACUUUAACAUCUACAUCAGCUCUCGUACAUCUUUUCCAGAUGAUUUCACGGAUUUUCAGACACAAUAGUUAAAAAAUGGGAUUUGGAUUUUGGCGACAAUAUAUUAAUAAUAAUAAAUAAAUUCAUUUAUUCCAGAUUAACAUAAUUAUCCAUAUCUAAUAAAUUAAAUUAAUACAAUUACAAUUAUCAAAAUUAUGAUUAACAAUUUAAAAAAUAUAAUAAAUAAAAUAAAGUAAAGUAAUUAAUGGUUAUUUUAUCCCAACUGGGGUGUGGAGGCUCCGCCAGAGCUCGUGUAGCGGCUCGUGUAUUAAAAGGUCGUCUUGUGCAUUACAAAUAGCAGGGCAUAAUUUCAAAUAUCGACCAUCAUACUAGGAGAUCCCCCUUAUCACAGGAAAGUUAAAAACCUUAUCUUACGAAAAGUAUGUACAUUGUCGGUUAAGUGGCUAUGGAAUUUGAGAAGCAGUAGAGCUAUCGUACUUAUCUGUUUGAUAGAGUAGUAGUAAAAGAGAGCGGAGUUGAACCGGCGAUAGCGGUUCUCAUACAGAAUGCGCGUUAAUGUCUUUCCAAUCUCUUUCUUCUAUUUCUUGGCUAAUACUGACUGAUAGCGCUGCACCCACCACUUAUCAUCAUCAGCCCAUUAACGUCCCACUGCUGGGGCACGGGCCUUCCCUAUGGACGGAUAGGGAGAUCGGGCCUUAAACCAUCACGCGGGCCCAGUGCGGUUUGAUGGUUGUUAACGACUGCUAAUGCAAUCGGGACCAACGGCUUAACGUGCCUUCCGAAGCACGGAAGAGCUCGAGAUGAAAACUUUUUUUUUGUGGUCACCCAUCCUAUGACCGGCCUUCGCGAAAGUUGCUUAACUUCAACAAUCGCAGACCGAGCGCGUUUACCGCUGCGCCACCGAGCUCCCCAAUUAUCACACAUUUACACACUAUUACGCAUACAUUACAGGAUAAUAUUGGUAUAAAAACAUAUCUAUGUUAAAAAAAAAAACAUAUCUCGCGCGGUUUUCCACCCAGACGACUAAACAUACAGAUAGGAUGUUAUUUUGCAGAUGUCAGAGAAAUUACAUGAGAAUCAAAAUUAAAUGGUAUCUAAAGAUAAUUGUACAAGAGUAAAGUUUGAGCCCGACAUGUCAAUUGAAGAGUGUAUAGAGUAAAUUGAUAAUUGUGAAUAUAUACGCGAUUCGCGAACUAAGGUCUGUUUUGUUGCUGUCCACGAACAAAAAAAAAUAUGAUUGCAAGAUUAUUCAUUUAAUGUAAAACAUCGUCAGAUAUCUGCCUAGCCUGCAAAGUACAAUAGUGUCCGUAGAAGACCGAGCACAAAGUUAAGUUAUUUGCGCACAUUGGUACUUAGUGUGGGCAUGUGUGAGUAGGGUGACGCGCGGAGCGGAUAGCGUUUGUCAUCUUAACAUAACAUAACAAAUACUUUAUUGCACAAACAGGAAAUAACAAAAUACAAAACAAAAGAGAAAUAGAAUGAGUACAAUAGGCGGCCUUAUUGCUAAGUAGCAAUCUCUUCCUGGCAACCUCUCUUCAAUAAAUGAUUGGUACGAAAUCGGAUGUAAUGUUAUGUUAAAGUUAAAGUAUGUAAAAACAUUUGCACAAAAUGAUUAUUAAUAAAUUCAACUCGAACUCAAAAAUAUCUUUAUUCAGUUGGUAACACAGUUACACUCUAAAUCGUCAAUUUUUACAUAAGAACAUAUAUUUUUGUCGAACGGCUCAUCCGCCUAAAACUACUGCAGAUUCUCACAACCUGCAUCUAGCCGACGAAAAGUAGCAGGAAGAAAAACCUCGGCACAGGGCCUAAGACGCUCUUAAAAAAAAUCAAAAAAUAUUGAAUUCAAUUUCAAUGACUUGGCUCCCGGGCGGUUAAUCCUAUUCAUUUCUUUGUUCUUAAUAGUCUUUAUAAUAUUUUUUUUUUUCUGAUUAAUCCCUAUUCGUAUAUUAAAAUAAAUUAACCGCUACCCGCGCCGCUCGUCGCUCCGCCUGUCUCAGUCCGCAUAUUUACGUGUAAUGGUUAGUGAGAGAGCGGUCUCCGCUGCAUUGACUCUCGAGUAAUGUAAGUUUAGUCAAUUUUCGUGUCAAAUUCUCCCGAAAUUUCAAUUAAUUAGUAGAAGUCAGCACAAAGUGGCAAUUAUUAUCGUUAGGACGUGUUUACUUGUGGUCUGAUUCUGUGAUGAUCUAAUAUUUAUAAUCAAUUUCUCAUUUCAAUGUUUUUUAUUUCUAAAUUAUAUAAAUUCAAAUUUAUAAAAAAUAACUAUUUAUUAUAACGUUCAAAAUUAAACUUAAUACCAAAUGCACUUGUAUGUUUGAAAAAGUAACUUAGAAAUAAAUUGCUGAUCGAAAUGUAUAUAUUUAAUAUAUAUUUAUAUUUAUAAUAUAUUUAUAAAAUAUAUAUUCAUGAUAUUCAAAUCAACGUAUCAGACCAUCACAGUAAACACAUUAGCACUGUAUUACGUUGUGAGAUGUGAAGCAUAUUAACUUGGUGUGAGCAAUUAUAUAUUAUUAUAUAACGUAUAUAUGGAGUAUUUUAUAAUAUAUUAAUGUAAUAUAUACUAUUGUCAGCAAUAAUGCGAGCCGGUAUCACAGACAUAUCACUAGCUGUAAGCCAUAUACAAUUUGUGCUAGUUUUAUAUGUAAAUCUUUACAUUGUAUUUGAUGAAAUUAUUGCGUUAUUUUAAACGUGAAGUUAACAAUUUUUGAGAUGUAUAUAUCCUCAUUAUUGUGCAGAAGGUAAGAUAUUUAAGUAGGUAUGUUAUUCCUAGACAGAAAAAAUGGUACGUGAAGAUAAUACGAUCAUUUUGAGCGGUUAUACAACACUUAAAGAGCGGAAAAUACAAAUAUCUGUCAAUUUUAUAAGAUCUGCACAAAAAUGUACGUUAUGAAAUAUGCACAUGCUAGAUCUGGAGAGAUACAUUUUAGGAAAGUAUUCUUAUUUAUAUUUAUUAUCAUUUAAAUUUUGUAUUUUUUUUAAAUCUCAGACGUAAAAGUCUUAUUUAUAAUGUUUUUAUUUAGUUUCAAAUCAUGUUUAGCAUAAGUUACACCAAAUACGUUUUUUUAGCUACCCUUAUAUUAUUAUUUUUUCUUCUGAAUUAAUUUUUAAGUAUUAUGAUAACCUAUUAUAUUAAAGAGUGCUUCAUCUUUAAUAUUAUUGGCUUCUAACCUAUCCCACCUUAAAUUAUAUACUUAUAUCCUUUCUAGUCAAAAUAUUUAACAUAAUGAAUGAAUGGGUUACAAUAUCUUAUCCUAUCCUAAUUCUUAAAUAUGAUAAUUAAUGCUUCUCUAUAAAUUAUACUAUUUAUAUAGUCCUCAUCUAUAUUGGUAUGAAACCUGACUGCAAACAUGAGAAAUAUAAAAAAAAAUAUUUAAGGUAAUAUGAAAGCUUUAAAUUUAUGAUUUAAAUUAACUUAUUGUUUCAAAUAUAGCUGGAAUUCAUAUAAACCUUUUGUAAAAUAAUGUUAAUUAAAAAUACCCUUCCUGACGCCUCAUAUCAAUUAGGUGAGAUUAUGGACUCCCAGAUCACUUAAGAGGCCCCUGAGGACAAAUUAUUAAUCUUAACCUCUUAACGGGGACUGGAAAUCUCUGUUCCAGAAACAAUAGGUAAACAAUGAUAUACAAUUAAUAGCCGUCAUUUCCAGUAACACAGUUAGCUCAACCAUUGCAGAGGGCAAUGGAUGAUCCUCUGACUAGCCCAAUUAGGAAUAUACUCACAGAUUAGGUAAUAAUUACGACGCAAUAGGUGUCAGUAUCGCACCGGGAUCAUAUUUGCAGUCAGAAAGUUUCUCUUAGAUCAGUACCCGUCCGUAGCUCUGUAACUUUCUCUGUAGUACUUACUAUACUAUAAUCUAUACUUAACUUAAUUCAUUAAAAUCACAAUAUUAAAUAUAUACUUUUUCAUUCUCAUUUGUCAAUCAUAUUACUUAAAAUAUAAUUUAAUAUAUAAUCAUAAUAAUAAAAUAAAUUCAAUGCAAUAUUUAAUAGUAUAAAAUAUUACAUACAUCUUACCUCAAAACAUCGUAUUUUUCAUUACUUAUCAUUAUAUCGUAUAAAAAAUGUUUGUUGCCUCUACUGGUAAACUAAAAAGAAAAUGGAAAAAUAAUAUCAAAAGGCAAAAAUAAAUUUAAAACUUUUACACAAAUAAGAAAUAAAUGAGGCAAUAAGCACAUUUUAUAUUAAAGUACAUUUUAUAUUUUUCAUCAUUUUAUAUAAUAUUAAUAUUAUAAAUGUAAUAUAGAUGUUAAGCAAGUAUAUCAAGUGUAUAUAUAGUAUGAAACGCCCACAAAAUAACGAGUGAUAGACCGAGAUAGAAUUUAUAGACUCUUUUUUUCGGCAUACAUUCAUAUUUUCAGUAAAUAGUUCGUAUAUAUUUUUUUAAAGUACAAACUCAUUUUUAAAAUUAUUUUCAUAAAAUCCCCAAAUACGGUGACUUUUAGGAUAGUUGUGUAGUUUUAGAGUUGCUGUUUAUGUAAGUAGUUGGCGCAGAAUGAUAUUUUUGAAAACUGUUAUACAUAAUUAUUUAAACAAAAGGAAAUAAAUCUCUCACGAAGUCAUGAUACGUAACUUACAUCUACGAAUAAUUGCAAUUGAAUCAUUCUAUAAUGAAUGCAUGUUUGUAUAUUUUUUGAAACAGUUAAAGUAUCAUUCUGUAGUAUGUAAUAUUAGUUAGCGACACCUAUCGUUUUCCCCGAGUCGGUACUUGAAAACUUUAGCUGUAAAUAGCGCUCGAUUUAAACUCCUUAAACAGAGUAAAGGUGAUUUUGAAUAAAAGAAUGAUUAUCUUGUUAACAGAGGUCUAAUAAGGCGAUAUCGAAGGGAUUUAUCUAAAAAUCAAUAUUGUAAUUUGACAUUUGCAUACAGAAAAACAAGUGUGUCAAGUAAUUUCAAAUAAUAAUAUUACUUUAUCGGGUAAAUUGCUUCAGUGUAGCCUUUUUAAUACCGCAAGAUAUAAUUUUGUUUCAUAUAUCUGGUAACACAUACACUGACAAAUUGGGUGUAUUAUAUCCAGAUAUAUCAGUAGUAGUUUUUUUAAGUAUAUCAGUAAACCACUUCCAGUAAGAACAAAAAUAGCAAGGAUUUAAUAAUAUUUAUAGACAUCUGAAGUAGAAACGGUUUAAAUGUCAAUCUAUAUUUGAAACGCAAGCGAACGUUUCGUCGUGGGCGUUGCGGCCUUUGAGGUUUACCAUCGCUAAAGCAACAGAUUGUCAAAUUUUUAACAAUUGUUUCUCAAACUAUCCAUAACUUGGUAAUGGUAACACUUCAGUCAACACCUUAAAUAAAAGAUACUGUAAAAACUGGCAAAUCGAAACCGCCUGAAACGAAAUAAUUAUUUUUUAGCUCAAAAAAUUUAUAAAAUUAUUUAAGUUACUGAAUUAUUUAUAUGUAUAAAAAUGAAAUCAAAAUCAUCUUUAGUCUACGGCUAAACUUAAAAAGUAGAUGCCUAUAAACAUUGAAGUAGUUAGUAGAAUUUAUAAUAUAAAGAUCGCUUUACCACGAUGUUUUUAUCACUCUGGUUUAUAAUAUAUAUUAAAUUUCACGUAUAUUUUAAAAUUUAAUAAUAUUAAGCGUAAGUAAUAGAAUACUCAAUAUCUAGCGGUAAUUUUAGAUAAAUUAAUUUAAUAUUAGGUAUCUAAUCAUGUAUAACCAUAAUAUAUUUAAAUUCUAAUUUUAAUAACUUCUUUCAUCUAAAAUUUAAACCUGUAUUCUAAAAACGUUUACUCAUUUUAAUAAAUGUGGAUAUAGUAUUUAUUUUAACAAAAUAUAAUCAAGUAUGUAUAUGUCCUACAAAAUAAAACUAUGUUAUUAUUUUUAUUAUACAAUUCUAAAUUCUUUAGAUUUUGAUGGAAUUAGUAUAAAUUAAAAUUAUAAUAAUUUAAAAAUAUAAUCUAUAUAAUACGACGGCUAACUCAUUUAUACAUACUCAUACCUACUAUAUAGCUAGUCACUUAAUAUAUCUUCUAGACUAGAAUAAAAUUCUUAGUUUGACACUAGUGUUAAUGUAAUAUAAACUUUAUCACGUAGACGGUAAAGAUGACUGUAACUGACUGUUACGUUGGUAUUUUUGUUUCAGAUAUUUAUUUGUUGUAUGUACGUUGUAUGUUAUAGCUUUCGAUAUAGCAAUGUAAAAUAUUAGAUGGUUUUAGUGUUAAGUUUUAAGGGAAAUAUCUUGAAAUGUUAAACGUAUUGGAUUUACACUUUGGAAAGAUUGAGGUAAAGAAUAUUCCAAAGAGUUGAUAACUAGACAAAUUAUUUACUAAACUAUACAUGAAAGUAUAAGAAAUAUUCAUGAUUUAUCUUAUAAAAUCAAAAUAUUAUAGACAAAUUGAACAUGAAGAAGUAAAUAACAAGCAGAAGAAGUGAAGAGGUAGAAAAUUUCUAUAUAUUUAAAGAGGUAGGAAAACCCAUAUUUAAAAGCGUUGAAAACAUACAAUCGAUUUUAAGAUAUUCCCCUUACAACUACGUACUUAGUAAGUGUAACGAAAUAAUCAGAUUAUUACCUUAUAACCGAAUAUAUUCUAUCUAGCUGUAAUAUGGUCGAAAUUAAAUCAGUGAUCGAAUAAAAUUGUUACACCAAA